AUGGCAACCUCAGCAGCAAGACCCCGGACCCCGGGCCGCAACCAGCCUCCUGACGAUGUUCCUCCUGUCAUUACAGAAAACGUCAACUCUGUGAAGGAUCAACGCAGAGCUUCUUCCUCCUUGGGCUUCCUCCGCCGUUCCAAGUCCACAGAACCAAUCGGCGACAGAAAAUCAUCCGGAGGCAGGAACAAGAAGAUGUCCAAGGCCCAGCUGAUGGAAGAGGAGCUUCGUCGUCAGCGCGAGACACGCCCUAAACAACCUCCCCGUCUCCCUGACCUUUCACCCACCCCCGUCCUCGAGACCUUUGGAGGCGAUGAAUCCAAGAACAAUGUCGCUGGUGUCUCUAGCCCACGGUCGCCGGCUCAGCAGUACAUGUCUCGCAGCGCCAUGAGCACUCCUGUUCCCUCCGAGUACAAUGACCCCUAUGCCCGUACGGAGAGUAUGACCCACCGUGGUCGAUAUAGCUACGCAAGCAGCGCGGUUAGUACUGUCAAUAAUCCACGUAGACUGCGUCGACGCAAGGACCCGACCCCGUACAAUAUCCUCGUUAUCGGUGCUCGCAACUCGGGCAAGACUUCGUUCCUUAAUUUUCUCCGAAAGUCUUUGGCCUUGCCCCCGCAUAAACACCCCGGUCGUUCGCCCGAAGAAGUGGAAUAUGAGCGCCAAUCUCCGGCGAAUGAAGGAUAUACUUCUCACUAUUUGGAAACUGAGAUCGAUGGAGAACGAGUGGGACUGACACUGUGGGACUCCCAGGGGUUGGAGAAAAAUAUUGUUGAUAUCCAGCUCCGUGGUGUAACGGGCUUCUUGGAGAGCAAGUUCGAGGAAACCCUGAACGAAGAGAUGAAAGUCAUCCGCUCCCCUGGCGUCCGAGACACCCAUAUUCACUGCACUUUUUUGAUCCUCGACCCGUCCCGACUGACCGAAAAUAUCACCGCGGCCGAACGCGCUGCCCAAGGAACUCCAAGAGCGUCCGAUUCCCACGUUCUCGGAGUUCUUGAUGAAAGCCUCGAUAUCCAAGUGCUGCGGACAGUGAUUGGCAAGACGACCGUUGUCCCUGUGAUCAGCAAAGCCGAUACGAUUACCACAGCGCAUAUGGCAUACCUCCGAAAAGCAGUUUGGGCAAGCUUGAAGAAGGCGAACAUCGACCCCCUGGAGAUCCUGACUUUGGAGGAACAGGAGGAAUAUACGUCUUCGGAGAGCGAAUACGAGGAGGAGACUCCUGUUGCCGAAGAUGGCUCGAAGGGGAAAGAGGGGUCUGAAUCCACGUCGAGUGAUGAUAACCCGGCGCCGUCGAAAACCCCAAGAUCUCCUUCGGAGCGCAGCGAAUCCACCCGACAGUCAAACGGAUCUCCCGCCGCCCUUCCUCCUCUCCCCUUCUCGAUCCUGUCGCCCGAUCCAUAUUCGUUAGAGAAUGAAAAUGAACCAGUUGGACGCAAGUUUCCCUGGGGAUUUGCCGACCCCUACAAUCCUGAGCAUUGUGACUUCCUCAAACUCAAGGACUCGGUCUUUAGUGAUUGGAGAUCCGAAUUGCGCGAGGCUAGUCGUGUCAUUUGGUACGAGCGAUGGAGAACCAGCCGUCUGCACCGUCAUGAUCUUGCUACUUCCACGAAGCAGAGGACCUUUGGCGGCAGAACGGGCCCUGAUCCAGGUCGUCGA